AUGUCCCAAAAUUCUGAAAACAACAGCAUCGACAUGGACUUAGUUUCAAUGGACGACACAAAUGACGAAAUGCUUGACCUGGCCUUGAACAGUAUUGAUGACUCAGAAUCGGCCAAUAAUCAAAACUUGCUUUCGAAUCAACAGAGCACAAGCUCUACAAAUAAUCCAACUGUAGGUGAUGAUGUUGAUGAUCAACCAAUAACUCGCGCGCUUCAAGAAAUGUCGCUGGAAGAAGCAUUGAAUCAUUUUCGGCAAAUGGACGAGCAGAGACGGGCUGCUCGAAGACUCAACGAAAGAGCACCUCUACCACGACGAGUUAAUCAAGGUGAAGAUGCUGUUGAAGAAGUGCCUGGCUUGUUCACUGACGAUAAUAUUGAUGACCCAGCACCUCUAGAGAACCCUAAUUCGCCUGAAAAUGUUUUCCACGAUGUUCGUGAACUUUUCGCACAGGUCGCCAACAACUGCUCUUCGCUAACGAAUCCAAAUAAGGGAUGUUGCAGUCACUGUCUUUACGCGAAGAACACGCCUGGUUUUGGGGGCGAUUUGUUCGCAAAUCAGAUAGGAAUCGAUUUCACUAGUUUCGCAUCAUCAUCGCAUAAGAGAUGUCAUGAAUCAUCAUCUUCUAACCAUGACGGCUGCAAGAAAACGAAAAUAUCGAAUUCGCCAGACCCAAAAAGGAGCGAUGACGAUUCCGAUGAAGAUGAGGACCCAAAUCAACCAAGUACAUCGCGAAAAUAA